CCCGCCGCGGCCCUGCGCAAGCCGGAAGUCAUGGCGCCCGCCGGCGGCUGGCCCCAGCUCCGCGCCGCCGUCGCCAACGGCGCCGACGCGGUCUACUUCGGCCUGUCGACGCACAGCGCGCGCGCGCGGGCGACGAACUUCGACGAGGGCGCCGAGCUCGACGACGUCGUCGCGUACUUGAGACACCACGAGGUCAAGGGCUACGUCGCGCUGAACACGCUCGCGUUCGACGACGAGUUCGACGCCGUGGAGGCGCUGAUCCGGCGCUGCGAUGCCGCGGGCGUCGACGCGAUCAUCGUCCAGGACCUCGGGGUCAUGGCUUUGGCGAAAGCCGUCGCGCCGGGCCUGCCCGUGCACGCGUCGACGCAGCAGUCCAUCGCGUCGGCCGACGGCGCGGAGUUCGCGCGGGCCCGCGGCGCGACGCGGGUUGUGGUUGGAAGAGAACUUUCCACGGCGGAGAUCGCGGCCGUCGUCGCGCACACGGCGGCCGAGGUCGAGUGCUUCGUCCACGGCGCGCUCUGCGUGUCCUGGUCCGGUCAGUGCCUGAGCUCCGAGGCCUGGGGCGGCCGGUCCGCGAACCGCGGCCAGUGCGCGCAGGCCUGCCGUUUACCGUACGAGGUGCUCGUCGACGGCGCGGGCGACCAGGCCGACGGCGCGGCGACGCUGAACUACGCUCUAAGCCCCCAGGACCUCUGCGGCCUCGAGGACGUCGAGGCACUCACAAAAGCCGGCGUCCACUGCCUGAAGAUUGAGGGACGGCUCAAGGACGAGCGCUACGUCGCGGCGACGACGCGCGCGUACCGGGAAGCGGUGGACGCCGCGUGGGCGAAGCUGCGCGGCGACGACGCGGACGCGACACCGACGGUCUCGCGGAGCGACCUCGCCCAGGUCUUCAGCCGGGGCCAGAGCGGCGACGUCGACGGUCUGAGCGCGGGCUUCCUCCGGGGCCCGCGGCACCAGAGUUUAGUGGUAGGAAACGCGCCGCGCCACCGCGGCGUCUACGUCGGCGAGGUGCUGAGCGUCGCGCCCGCGACGAAGAAGCAGGGGCUCACGCUGCGCGUCCGCUCCGAGCUCGAAGAUCUGAAGCGCGGCGACGGCGUCGUGAUCGACGGCGGCGCGGACCACGCGCGUGACGAGGUCGGCGGCGCCUUGUACGACGUGAAACAGGUCGCAGGCGGCUUCGACGUGACCUUCGCCAAGGCCGUCGCCGCCAGGCCCUGGGUCCGCGCGGGCGCGCGCGUCUGGCGCACCGCGGACGCCGCCGUCGACGCGAAGCUCCGGGGCCUCGCGUCGUCGAAACCUCUGAGGAGGACGGAGGUCGACGUGCGCGUCUCCGUCGACGGCGGCGAGCUCGUCGUGGAGAUCGACGACGGCGUUCGCGUCGGCGCCGCGAAAACGCCGGUCGUUCCGGCACAAGACCGGCCGCUCGACGAAGCGAGCGUCGCCAAGGCUCUGGGCCAGCUCGGGGACACGCCCUGGGCGCCGGCGUCCGUCGACAUCAACCUCGGUGGCGGCGCCUGGUGGUGCCGCGCGGCCGACGUCAAGGACGCGCGGCGCCGCGCCGUCGAGUCGCUCCGGGCGCUCCGGGCGCCGGCGCGCGCGUCGGCGCGCGCGCCGCCGGGCGCGGCGCGCGCGCUCCUCGAGCGGGGCGACGGCUCGCUCCUCGACGACGGCUUCGACGAGUCGCUCCUCGAGUUCAAGGUCGGCGUCGCCGUCCUCGUGCGCGACCUCGACCAGUGCGCGGCCGCCGUCGACUACGCUCUAACGACGCCGCCGUCCGACGACUUCGCCGUCGACGAGGUCGUGCUCGACUUCCUCGAGCUCAAGGGUUUGCGGGAGGCCGUCGCGGCGAUCCGGGAGCGCGCGCCGGGCCUCAACGUCGUCGUCGCGGCCCCGCGGAUCUCGCUCCCGGGCGAGGACGGCGCUUUGGAGAAGCUCUUGGCGCUCGGCCCCGACGCGCUUUUAGCGAGGUCCCCGGGCCAGCUCCGCUACUUCGCCGGCCGCGACGUCGAGCUCCGGGGCGACUUCUCGCUCAACGCGGCCAACGCGCUCACGGCGAACGACCUCUUCGACGACGCCGCGGCUUUAACGCGCCUCACGCCCGCGCACGACCUCGGCGGCGCGGCCGUCGCGCGCCUCGCGCGGCGCCUCACGCCGUCGCGCCGGGCGAAGCUCGAGGCCGUCGCGCACCAGCACCUGCCCAUCUUCCACGCGAGCCACUGCCUCUACGCGCGGCACCUGUCCAAGGGCGACUCGUUCGAGAACUGCGGCCACGUCUGCGAGCGGCACACGAUCCACCUGCGGGACGAGGCCGGCGCGGACCACGUCGUGCUCGCGGACAUGGGCUGCCGGAACACGGUGUUCAACGCCCAGGCCCAGUCCGCGGCGGACGCGCUGGGAUCGUGGCUCGACGCGGGCAUCUCGAGGUACCGCGUCGAGUUCGUCGACGAGUCGCCGGCCGCCGUCGCCGCCGUCCUCGGCGCCUACCGCGACCUC